AUGUGUAGGAUAAUAAGCACACUUGGUGAACUUCACCAAUCCUUAAACUUAAUCAAUCAUAGCUCCAGGCAGAUCAAGAUGUUUAGACAGAACAAAAAGAGAAUCUCUUCACGCAGACAUUUUAGCGAUGACAAUAGCGGAUCACAGUUUAUUAUGGGCCAACCUGGUUCAGAGGCAGAAAGAAGGCUUUACGAUAAGAUAUAUGAAUCAAAACUAUCAUUUUAUGAGCUACCGCCUCAAGGUGAAAUAACUUUAGACCAGUUUGAAAUUUGGGCUAUCGAUAGACUCAAAGUGCUAUUAGAGUUAGAAUCCUGUGUCGCUAGAAAUAAGACCGCCAAAGAAACAGAAACUAUAGUAAAACCCUUAUUACAAAAGUUACUACCCUUUAAUACAGACAGUUUAGAAGAUAAAAAGAAGGAUUACUACUCACAUUUUAUUUUAAGACUAUGCUUCUGUCGAACCAAGGAUUUAAGAGAUAAGUUUCUAAGGGCAGAGACACUGCUAUUUAAAUUAAGAUUCAACAUGUUAACUUCUCAAUACCAGGCCAAAUUUGUACAAUCGCUAGAUCUGCCCAUGUUACAGUUCAUCUCAGAAGAUGAAAAAAUGGAACUAUCACAGGAGUUAUACCAAACGAUAUCACCACAAUUACAAUUCCAAUUAAAUCUAACCGAUGAGAUGCAAAGAAGGCAGUAUUUCCAAAAUGAAAGAUUUAUCAAACUACCAUUUGAAAGUGUCAUUGAUUUGGUUGGUUCUAGACAAGUUUUCUUAAAGAAAGGGUUUGCAUAUCUACCACAAUUCCAACAAUUAAACCUACUAUCAAGAGAAUUUGCCCAAAGACUAGAAGAGGAGUUGUUAAGAACUUUCCAACACUUACCGCAUCUCAAUGAAGACGACAGGUUAAUCCCAAUCCUAACCCAUUUAUCCACUGGCUAUACGAUCUCAGAUUACCAACAAUAUUCUCACGAAUUUGGAUCAGAUGCUCAAGAAGGUGAAAUUAAUUCUCAAAACGUCUACUCCAAGGAAAUUUCAUCUAAUUUCCCAUUAUGCGCCAAAAAUUUAUUCAGUGGAUUACAACAACACCAUCAUUUACGUUAUAAUGGUCGUCAACAAUUGAGUUUUUUCCUCAAAGGUAUUGGUUUAAAUGCUGAUGAUGCACUCAAAUUUUGGUCAGAAGCGUUUACCGCUAGAGGGGGCAAUAUGACACAGGACAAGUUCAAUAAAGAGUACAGGUACAACUUUAGGCAUAAUUAUGGGUUAGAGGGUAGUAGAAUUAGCUACAGAGUAUGGGAUUGUAGAACCAUUUUAUCCAAACCAAGACCUGCUCGUGGUGAAUUUCACGGUUGUCCCUACAGAGAUUGGAAUGUAGAUAAGUUGACAUCAGAAUUAUCAUCUAUGAAAUUGACAUCGACACAAGUUAGUAGCGUAUUGGAAUCAUGUCAAAAGAAUGAGUUUACCAUUGCCUGUACAAAAGUCUUUGAAAGUACGCACGGUCAAACAGGUAUGGAAGUCGAUGAUCAAACUCAUAUUGCACAUCCGAACCUAUACUUUGAAAGGUCGAGACAAUGGCAAAAGAAACAUAGUAAUGAAACAGAAUAG